UAUUCUGUUAAUUUUUAUUCUUUUAAAUUACAUCCUUUCUGAUUUUAUUCUCAAAUCUUUGUAAAAUUGAUUAAUACCAUUAUCAUUUUUUAUUUUUUUCUUAUGUACAUAUGUUCACAGCAUUGUCAGAGUUUCAUUUUUACUAUAUGGCACUUUACUUCGUUUUGAAAUGUUUUGUUAUAUUGUUGUUUUCUCACAUGCCCAGUUAGGCCUUGAGAUAUCAAUUAAACUUAAAAAAAAUAUAUUAACCCAGACUAUUUACCGUAUACCAGUGUUGGUAGAUAGUGUAAACGGUAUGUGUACAGUGGGGGUAAACACGAAAAGAUGUAUUUCUAUUUGCUCAAGGAUUCCGUUCAGGUAUAUGUAUUAAAUUCAAUCAGGACUGAAAUGUAAAGAAUCAAUCAAGUAUUAAUCUUGCUUAUUCAUUUAUAAUAGUAGGAAAUUUAACAAUUGGUUUAUCAGAAUAAAAUACACUUUCGACCCAGCAACUUAAGGGUUGCAAAAUAUGUAAGGAACGAUAUAACAUAUUCGCCGCAGAGAACUUGUUACCUUAUCGCGCUUUCCGAUUAAAGUGUAGAAUUUUCAAGAUGGAGGAUGACAGAGCAGGUAGAAUUCUUCAGUUAAAUAUGUCAAAAACUAUCAAAGAAAUUAUUUCGGAGGAAUUCCUGACAUGCAGUAUUUGCAUGAAAGAAUUUCAAGAUCCUAAAGUACUAAAAUGCCUUCAUACAUUCUGUAAUGAAUGUAUACAGGCCACAAUACAACACCAAGUUAUGACGUCACAGUCGGAGUCGUGUCCUGUAUGCCGGACUAGAAUUGACCUUGAUGCAAAUGGUGACUAUAACCUUCAAACUAAUUUUCGAGUAAAGAACUUACUGGGAAUUUUCAAGAGGUUGCCGACAAGAGAAUUAUUUGUAGAAUUAUACAAAACACAAGUUAGAUGUAAUCUUAGCAUGGCACAUAUUGUCACUAUUUCGGAGGCGAACCAGUGCGUGUACCUUCAAGCUAGUGUCGAUGAUCUUCGCUUUGCAGUCCUUGAAUUACGUAGCCAGAUAGAGCAGUAUAAAGCUGAUUUGGAAAUGAAAAGGGGCAUCACGGCAAAACUGUCUGCACAAAUGGUAACAAAGGACAACAUAAUUGACCACUUACAAAAAGCUGUUGAUAAUUUAACUUUAAAGUACAAAGCUGAAUUGGAAAAAGAAAAAGCCAUACCGGCAAAAUUAUCUGCACAAGUGGUCGCAAGGGACAACACGAUUGCCGAUUUAGAAAGAACUAUUGAUAAUUUAACUUUAAAGGCGCAAAAAGAAGACCCCGAGAAAACUGUGCAUGAUUUGGCGAGGUCAUCAUUUGUUUUCCAAAUAGUACAUAGAUGUGCAGGUUUUUGCAGAUGUUUUGCCAGAUAACUUCAGGUCAAAAUAUAAGUAAUGACUGGCUGUAAAGAGGGACACAUACGAAAGGAAUAAAAAGCACUAACGUUUGUGGAUUGUAAUAUGGUAGACGUAGACAUCAAACUCUAUCAAACAAAUAUUAUAUUCCCUUACACUCUUGUGCAACAAACUUGCCUUUUAAUAUUUUAUACCAGUUGUCAAACACACUGGAUAUAACAUAUAAGCGAAAGGCCUUCCCGGUGUCAUCGUCUAUGUAUACAUAUAGGAAAGCUUUUGAAACCUAAAAGUAAAGUUUGUUUAUUUCAUGGUGUACUUUACAUUAACUCAUAUAAAGAGGUUCCAUUAAUUACGUAUUUGCUAAAAUGGUCAAUUUCAAAAAUAUGCUUAAAACCUGCUAAUUUAUAUCACAAACGUUUAAGUGAUGACGUUGUACGAGGAUCUUUCAUAUCAUUUAUAACUAUCAUAAAUAUUAUCAAAAUUAUCCUUUGAGGUCAAACCAAGAUUUAAUUAUUGUUUGCAGAAUAUUUUUGUGAAUAAAACUCUUACUCUUGCCAAAUAUCAUUGUGGUUUUGCACCGCACAGGAUAGAAACUGGCCGCUAUAAAGGGUUACAGUCUUGCAAUACUUUUAAAGAAUGGCUAUACAUUAUUUUUAUGUUCUUUUUAUUUAUGUUUUGUUAUGUUAUGAGAACAGAACAGAACAGAACAGAACAUUUAUUUUAUUAGAUUUGUACCAUAAGUACAUCAUCGUAACAUAUUUACAAAAUUAAUACAUUUACAUGUAAUAUAAUACAGUCACAUGAUAAACCAGUGUUUAUAAUUAUCAAAUCGCAAUAACACAUACAUUACAUUUACACAUUUACAUUUAAUAAAAUUACAAAUACAUAAUAUAAUCAUGAUACUUUAAGCAUACAAUUUCAUCGUUUUUUAUUCUAAGAGGAUGGACUUAAAUAUGUGUAGCAGAUGCUCUUAAAGUCAUAGCACGUUUAAUAUAAAUAGCUAAAUUUUUAAGAAUUGUUCUUUUAUCAUUUUUUAAUAGUUCUACAUAAUGGUUUCGAACUAUAUGAAUACCAUCUUUUAGACAGUCUUUAUAAUAUAUUGCUGUACCCCCGCUAGAUCGCUUGGCUCUGCGAUGCUGAAAUUUACGAUAUAAAUUAUGAGUUGUAUAACCAUCAAUGUCUAUUUUACUUGUUUUAGAUGUCCAUGUUUCAUAUAAAAAUAUAAUGUCUUUAGAUGUUAUAAUAUUUACAAAAUCCUGGCUACUCUUUUUAAUAUUUGUAAGUCCAUUAACAUUCCAGGACAAAACACUUAAACUAUCCCCACUGUAUCCCUAUACAUCCUUCUGCGCAUGCCCGUCUAUGUAGAGAGUGUCA